AUGAUAAAAUAUUUAAAGAUGGCGAUAUAUUUUAUUGUAACUGGAGCACUUGUCUUAAAUGUUAUGUCUUUCAAUCCAUUGUUAACUUACACUAUGCGUUUUAAAAAAAUAUAUGCAAAACCUAACAUAACUAUGGAUUAUUAUACGAUCGAUCAUUAUAAAUAUGAACAAUAUAUAAAUGGAAAACUUACAAUAAAUACGAAAGAAAUUAUAAACAAAGUUGUUGGAGUUUUCCAUCGUUGUGAUCCUGACGGCAUUAACUGUGAAUACUUUCAAACUUGGAUAUUAACAGAUAUCUGUCCUAAAUUAAAGGACAAGUACCAAAUGUGGUCCCGUUGGUAUAGUUCGUUUGAUCCACCGAUGCAAUGUCCAAUAGAUAAAGUAAGAAAGUAA